ACCAGAGCAAGAACCGACAACACGACAAUCGCUCUAUCAAUAUAGCUGUGAUGGCUACCUCAAGUUCGCGCGGGCCAGAUAGGUCAAUCCACCAGGAUUACAUUGCGCGCAUACGAUACUCAAACACCCUUCCACCUCCACCAAACCCGCCCAAGCUUCUUGAGAUCCCAAAUACGGGCCUAUCAAGUGGACAAUACACAACUCCCGGUUUCGCAUCGAGGUUGGCUCGCGAGCAGCCAUUGAAUAUUGAGGCAGAUGCGGAGCUUGGUAUGCACAUCGACCUGGUGGGAAUGCCAGGAGUCUUCGACGGCGAUGAGAGUUCCAUCCAAGCAGCCAUCCACGCGCCUGCACCGCACCCACACGAUCGCGCUCUUCUUCGACCCCUGAACUCGAUAGGGAAGCCAAAGGUUGUAGACUCGGGCUCGUCCUUCCUCCGCCGCACGGAAUACAUCUCCAGCACGAAAGGGCGUAUGGACGAACAUACGCCCCAGAAGCCAGUUGUCAAGCGCGCGAAACCAGCAGACAGAUUCCAACCACUCCCCAAAGACUUGGACAAGGAGGACCCAGAGUAUAUCCUCGCAGCUGUCCAGCGCUCUUUCGAAAUUGCAGCAGCCAAUGUCGCGAACCCUCUACGCCUUCGUCAUCCUUCGAAGCGCAAUGUCAAGCUUGUCUCGUCGCAUCCUAUGGUCCCAGACCUCGAUGCUUUCAACGAUGCCGGUGGAUAUAUCACCAUCAAAUUCCAGAACAACCCCGUCCCACCAUCCACCACCUACGACAAACGUCUCGAAUCAGGCAUGCUCCGGCCCUUCGUCAGCUCCGAGGCCGCAAACGCCGCACACGAAAAGGCAGUCGCAGCUCACGAGCAUGAUCCCAGCCGCAACCCGCACCCCGGCCCGAACCAAGACUACGAGUUCUUCCUGCCAGAGACCACGGUUGACGCCGUGAAGUUCAAGCGCAAGUCUGAUGUGUACGACGCCGACGCCAAGAACGACGACGGGCUGUACACCUAUACCAACCAAACUGGCGACAAGUGCUUCCGCUUCAAGCGCAUUCGUGCAUACGAGACCAGCGAAGAGGUGCAGAUCCAGGGUGUGGAUCGCUGGAACUCGGAGGUGGUUAUCGCGGUCAAUGAUGGCAAGGAUGGUGUGCACCAGCGCGCGGCAUAUGUGUACCCGCUGGUUCUGCGUACAAAGAUCCGCCCGCAGCGAAGCAAGAAUAUUGAUCGCCAGCGGUUUGGUGGCGAGGCGGAGGAGGAAGAUACGGUGGAUUUCUUGGAUGUGAUGGUGAGGGAGCCGGAUGAGAGUGAGGUCGCGUCCAGGAAGAAGUGGGCUGAGUUCCCGAAUGGAGAUGGGGAGGAGAGCGAGGAAGAGGUGGUGGAGGAGCCGAAGGGUGUGAACGGAAAUGGGAAUGGGAGUGCAUCUCAUAAUGACCAUGAGGUAGAUGAGGAUGCGGAGGCAGAGAGCGAAUAGUUGGUGGAAUAAUUUGGUCCUCUAUUUCGGACCAUUCUUGUGAUACUACAGAAGAGUGAGAGCAUAGCAUUAGGCGUCAGGUCAAAAACAAAUAGGAAUGAUCUAAAGGCGAAAAGGCAAUAAAUAUACUCUAUUUUCAA